AAAAUGGAAUCCAACAUAACUCUGUACAACGCCAGUUCGUUAGUAAGGAAAGCAACUUCGAGCGUCACAAAUGUCACCGUUCGGAACGUCAGUAUCGCGAGCAACGCAUACGAGUGGCGUUUCGUGCUACCUCCGUAUUUCCUGAUCUUCAUGCUCUCGAUAUCUGGAAACUGCCUCGUGAUAGCAACACUGGCGAGCAAUAGACGAAUGAGGACAGUCACGAACGUGUAUUUGUUGAAUUUGGCAAUAUCAGAUUUCCUGCUGGGAGUAUUCUGCCUCCCUUUCACACUCGUCGGACAAAUAUACAGGCGUUUUCUGUUUGGCGCCGCGCUUUGCAAGUUAAUACCAUUCCUACAAGCUGUAUCAGUCUCCGUGGAUGUCUGGACUUUAGUAGCAAUAUCUUUGGAGAGAUACUUCGCAAUAUGCAGACCGUUGAAGUCGAGAAAAUGGCAGACACAAUGUCACGCGUACAAGAUGAUUGCAAUGGUGUGGGUUUUCUCCGUCGCUUUGAACUCACCGAUUUUGAUUGUUUCAACUCUACAGCCUAUGAGAGGAAACGCUUACAAAUGCAGAGAAGUUUGGUCCGGCCUAGAGUUGGAGAGGGCGUUUAAUCUGGGUCUCGACGCUGCCUUGCUGCUGGUGCCGUUUUUCAUCAUGUCCUUCGCGUACUCCCUCAUUGUCAAGAAACUUUGGCGAGGGAUGAGACAUGAAAUACAACACAACUUCAACUGGCAGAAACAUCUAUCAAGAGACGGUUCUUGCAAAGCCAAUCAUUUACCACCAACAACGCCUAUCCUGCAAGGAAACGGAACAGAAAUGUGCUGCAGGAAUGGGUGCAAUACGAAAAAACUAACCAAGGACAGUGAACAAAAAAUGGAACAAAACUCAGAAAAAAAGACGCAGAACUGUUGUAUACACACCGAAUUUGAAUUCAGGCAUGUUGUGAGAUCAACUCACAUAGACAAAAGCAUCGAAGCGAAGCGAAAGGUCAUUCGAAUGCUGUUCGUGAUCAUUUUAGAGUUCUUCGUGUGUUGGACACCUCUGCACGUCAUCAAUACGAUUUAUCUCUUCUACCCUGAGGAGCUGUACCAGUAUAUUGGGUCAAAGGGAAUCGUGUCCCUGCAGCUCCUCGCUUACUGCUCGUCCUGUUGCAACCCAAUCACAUAUUGCUUCAUGAAUAGAAAGUUUCGUCAAGCCUUCAUUUGUCUUUUCAAGAAUUGCAAGCUAUUGCGGUGCUGCUUUCCACAGAAAUCAGAAAGUGGGAAACAGGUGACUCCGCCGCCGUCGAGCCAGGAGGUUACGGCGUGCGUUAUAAGGGGCAGCCACACUGGACGCACAGGUUCCACUUGA